AGGGAACUCACUCUGUAUUCCACGUAUAGAAGCAACGUCAAUUUCCUAGUGUCAAUAUAAAAUAUAAUAAUGUCGAUUCUAUUCUAGAAAUCUAUCAAGUGACUUUCUGUCUACGUUAAUUAAAUGUCUUGUACUUUAUGAUUUACUUGAAAUAAUGUGGUCGUUCUUUAGCCGAGACCCAGCAAAGGAUUUUCAUUAUGAUAUAGGUGAGAAGGUUCCAGGUCUUGAAGAUAAGUCAAUUUGGACUCUGCAUAAAGGCAAGAAAAAGGCUAAUGGAGAGUCUGUUUCUAUAUUCGCAUUUGAUGUGAAAAGUGCUAGUGAUGCUUUAGUACAAACUGCCAAAGCGUCACUGAAAAGGCUGAAAACACUGAGGCAUCCUAAUAUUUUGACUUUUCUUGAUGGAGUGGAGACUGAUAAAGUGAUUUAUUUUGCCACUGAACCAGUGGUACCAUUGGAAACUUAUCUUCGAGAAAAUGACAGUGAAGGCCAUAAUGAAAUAGCCAUAUCCUGGGGGCUGCAUCAAAUAGUGAAAGGAUUAUCUUUUUUGGUAAACGAUUGCAAUCUCAUUCACAACAAUGUAUGCAUGGCCUCAAUAUUUGUUGAUCCAGCUGGGGAGUGGAAGCUUGGUGGAGUGGACUACAUGUACCCAGCACAAGGACCAGACAGCAUUCCACCAGUCAAAAUUUUACCUUUGCUAGAGAGGUACAAUUCCCCUGAGAAGGUGGAAGGAAAACAUUUGGGAGCUGAAAAAUGGUCAGCUGACAUGUGGGGAUUAGGUUGUUUAAUCUGGGAGGUAUUCAAUGGAACACUACCCAGAACAAACGCACUGAAAGCUCCAGGGAAGAUUCCUCAAAGUUUGAUGGCAAACUAUUGUGAGCUUGUUGGAGCCAAUCCCAAAUCUAGGCCAAAUCCAGCAAAAUUUAUAGAAAACUGUCGUCAGAAAGGAGGGUUUAUGCGUAACACUUUUGUAGACUCUAUGAUGUUCUUAGAAGAAAUCCAGAUCAAAGACCAAACAGAGAAAAAUAAAUUUUUUGCAAGCCUAACACCUUCACUCGAUACAUUUCCUUCAUUGUUCUGCCGAAACAAAAUUCUGCCACAAUUGCUGAAUGCCUUUGAAUAUGGAAAUGCUGGAUCUUCAAUUUUAGCUCCAUUAUUCAAGAUAGGUAAAUUGUUAGAUGCAGAUGACUAUCAAAAGAAAAUUGUUCCCUGUGUUGUCAAACUGUUCACAUCACCAGACAGAGCAACUAGAGUUAAACUUUUACAACAGAUUGAGUUUUUUGCAGAGCAUUUACAAGUGAACACAGUUAAUGAUCAAAUAUUUCCACAUGUUAACAGUGGCUUCAUGGAUACCAACCCAAUGGUCAGAGAAUGCACUAUCAAAGCAAUGCUUCACUUGGCACCAAAACUUAACUAUAAAAAUUUAAAUGAAGAAUUGAUGAGACAGUUUGCAAGAUUGCAAGCAAAAGAUGACCAGGGUGGAAUCAGAACAAACACAACAGUCUGUUUAGGGAAAAUUGCUUGUUACAUCAACCCUGCGAUUCGGCAAAAGAUUUUAUGUUCAGCUUUCAUGAGGGCAAUGAAAGAUCCUUUUCCUCCAGCUAGGCAAGCUGGGAUACUAGGUAUUGCUGCCACUCAAAAUUUUUAUAACCUCUCGGAAGUAGCCAAUCGUCUUCUUCCAUCUUUAUGUUCCCUAACACGUGACCCAGACAAAGGAGUAAGAGAUCAGGCUUUCAAAACAAUUAAAGGUUUUCUUUCAAAACUGGAAAAAGUCUCUGAAAAUCCAGAACUUGAGGAAGACUAUGAAAAGGAAGUGAUGUCAGGAACUGCUACAGCUGCUUCAGCCUCUGGUUGGGCUGGAUGGGCUGUGACUGGAAUGUCAACUUUAACAUCUAAAAUAUACAGUAAAUCAGGGGUCACCAAACCUACUGGAGACACAAGUUCACCUGGCAGUGACAAACCCAGUGUGCAGGCUGUCCCGUCCAAACCUAGUUCUGCCUUACCAGCUUCUGAACCUUCCAAACCCAUUCAAAACCAGACUGCAGCCCCUGAUGUUGAAGAUGAGGAAGACACUAAAGAGGAUGGAACAGGCGAUGGCUGGGAGGAAGAUGACUGGGGAGAUUUAGAUGACACCAGCAAGUCCAUUAAGAUUGAGGACACAGAGAAAGAUGUCAACUGGGAUGAUGAUGACAAUUGGGAUGCCAUUGAAGACACCAAAGAAACUAAGCAGCCAGAAGAUUUGAAAAGCAAAUUUGCUCCAAAACCCAGUGAAUUUGUGUCCACCAAACACACAGGUCUCCCCACCACAGACUCUUACAACUGGGGAGGUGGGUCUGGCACACAAGAUGAUUUCUUCUCAUCAAUGGUGACUCCAGCUGCUCAAAGGUCAAAGUCCACAACACCAGUUCGAGAAGUUCCACCAGCCAAGACCACUCCUCCUAAAGAAACAUCACAGUCCAAACCAUCUCCAGCUCAACAGAGUUCUGCUGCUGCCACAGUGACCAAAGGGAAGAGCUCAACCCCCAUUAAGCCAGACAGCGCUGGAUGGGAUGAUGGGGCUGGAAGUGGCUGGGAUGAUGGAGAUGAUUGGGGAGGGGAGAAAUGGGGGGAGAUAGGAGAAUCUAACAGCAAAGAAACAAUGGCUGAUAAAAUGAAGAGAGAAAAGGAGGAAAAGAAAAAGCAAAGACAGAAAGAGAUUCAAGAAAAAAGAGAAGCCAGAAAAGGAGGUGGGGCCAUGAAGCUGGGUGCCAAAAAAGUGACAGAUUUUGAUUUUUCUUGACACAAUAAUGUUAGCACUAUUUCAUCGGCUGCUUUAUGUGCACUCAGCAGAUACAGUCAAUAACUAAUAAAGAAACCUAACCUUUUCUCUUGACAUUUAUGGGAAUAUUGGUAAUUUUGUUUUCAAAUUUCAAUAUGAUUCAUUCUAAGACAAGUGGAUUAAUUGAUAUCACAUUGGGUACUCUCAUAUCUGUUGAACUGAAGGUCCUUUGGUUUAAAGAUUUUUUUUUCUUGUUCAUUAUACUUAGUAAAUCUUCCUUGAUCAAUUUGAGAAUGAAAUUUUACAAAAUAAACCAACGGAAUAGAAGUGCAAUAUGAAAGUGUUUGGACCUUGUAAUUGUCCCCCAUUGAAACUGUGUUAAGUAUUAUCCUUUCUUCAUAAGAAACCAUUAUUUUACAGUUGUAUUAUAAGAUCACUUCAACAUUUUCUUUCACCUUUUAAGUAAAAAAAAAAUAUUUUUUUUUAAUACUUAAAACGAAGAUCAGAUGUAUAUAUAAAAAUUAAUACAAAAUAUUUCUAAAGAGAAUGCACUUUUAAAACUGGCAGGAAGUGAAUACUGGUUUAAGGGUAAUAGCACUCCCGAAGAAAAAUGUUUUUGCAUGAAUGCCUUUUUAUUAAAAAACAAUAUUUACUUUCUGAGUGUCUCAAGAGAAAGAAACUUUGUAUUAAGUGCUUCUGAUGGUAAUACUUUUAUAUGGAAACAUGUUUGGAUGUGUCUUUAAUAUGUAUGUCUUUAAUAUGUAUUCUUUCUGUGUGCAUGUCUGAUAAAAACAAUUUUUAUGAAGAACAUUAUAACUGCCAUAAGUAGGACAUGACCAUUAUUUAUUUUUCAAAUGAAAUAAAACAUGAUCGAAUUUUU